AAACUUCUAGAGAAAUCUCGAAUCUUCGGCCAGUCGCUAUAAAUUCUCACCUCAGUCACUUUCUUCACCAAUCAGAAAUUCCAAACCAACAAUUCUCCUCUAAUAAUCUUCGAGUUCAAUUGAAGCGCUUCCAAAUCUCGAUUUAAAAUCUCCGAUUAACCUCCAAGUCGUAUUUCAAUUUCUUCAAACUAAACCUAAGAAGAUGUCGAUGAUUCCAAGCUUCUUCAGUGGCCGACAGAGCAGCGUCUUCGAUCCAUUUGCCACUUUCGACCUCUCAGAUCCAUUCGAUUUUCACUUUCCUUCUUCAUUUUCGUCUCACUUUCCCGAAAUCGCUCGAGAAACUUCAGCUAUGGUGAGCGCUCGUGUUGAUUGGAAAGAGACGCCGGAGGCUCAUGUUCUGAAAGCAGAUUUGCCUGGACUGAAGAAAGAGGAAGUGAAAGUGGAGAUAGAAGACGGAAAAGUGAUUCAGAUUAGCGGCGAACGGAGCGUAGAGAAAGAGGAUAAGAACGAGAAGUGGCAUCGGAUUGAGCGAAGCAGUGGAAAGUUUCAGAGGAGAUUCACGAUGCCGGAGGAUGCGAAAAUGGAGGAAAUUAGGGCAUCAAUGGAGAACGGAGUUCUUACUGUGACGGUGCCGAAGGCGGAAAAAAAGAAGGCGGAUGUGAAGUCCGUUGAGAUUUCCGGCUAAACAUUGAGAAUUUAUCUCCUUUAAUCAAUUAAUAGGGUGAAAAUGCUUUUUUUUUUCUUUUUCUUUUCUUUCUUUUUUAAGAAUCGAAAGGGAGUGUUUAAUGAUAGGUUAAAAUUUUUAUAUUAAAGAAAUGAUAUGUCAUAAUUAAAAGUGAAGGAAUAAAAAGAAAAAAAAAAUCAAAAGUAAAAAGGUAAUAAUUUGAAAUAUGAAAUUUAAAUGCAAAAUUUUUAAUCUGAUGUGUUUUCUUUUGUUGGGCAUAGUUUUAAUUUUCAAGGAUCAUCAGACAUUUUUGG